GUGUGCUGCAAGUUCGAACUUGCAAUUUUUCAAUGUUCCAACUUUAGAACCUUCAGAAGGUUAAAAAGUGCAAUUGGAUGAGCAGAAGGUUCAGAAGGUUCAGAACAAAGAAAAUGGAUCAUCAAUAAGUAAAUUUAAAAAGUAUGAUGAAAAUACCUGGUAGCCUUCCUACCUUGGCAAGAAGGCAGGUCUUACUACGAAGUGCAGGAACAAUUCCAGGAACAAUUCCAAGCUCAGCAGCACGUGCAAUUGCAAGUAUAAGAAGACAUCGCUGCAUUGCUAUAUCCAACUUUUACUCCACAACCACAACAGACACAACAGACACAACAGAAACAACCCAAUCAGCAGAACCAGCAGAACAGGGAAACGGAGAGGAAGCAACAUCCAGCACCGAACCCCCCAAGAAACCCAAGAAAAUAAAGAAGAAAAAGCCAGAGCCGCCGUUCACGGUGAGCUGGGACAAGUACAGAAAAGGCGACAAAACAUUCAUGGAUGAUACUACACAUGACCUCGACGGUGUUCGAAUUGCUGUCCAAGGCUGCGGUCAUGGCACACUCGACGCCAUUUAUGCCUCUGCGGCUAACGCAAUGAAACAUCGAGAAUGGAAUUAUUUAGAUCUUGUCAUCAUUGGAGGAGAUUUCCAGGCCACUCGCAAUGCUGCAGACCUCUCUGUCAUGUCCGUGCCACAAAGCUACCGCCAGUUGGGUGAUUUCCCGGCGUACUACAGCGGCGAAAAGGUAGCUCCGUAUCCAACCAUCUUCGUCCAUGGAAACCACGAAGCUAGCUCCCAUUUAUGGGAGUUGUACUACGGCGGUUGGGUUGCACCCAAUAUCUAUUACAUGGGCAUGGCCAACGUUCUCCGCUUCGGCCCCCUGCGCAUUGCUGGUAUGAGCGGCAUCUGGAAGGGCUACGACUACCGCAAGCCGCACACAGAACGCCUGCCCUUCAGCGAGGAUGACAUCAAGAAAUUCUAUCACGUGCGUGAAAUUGACGUUCGCAAGCUAUUACAAAUACGAGAGCCAGUAGACAUUGGUCUAAGCCACGACUGGCCUCGUGGCAUAGAGAAUCACGGCAGGAAAAAUGAACUUUUUAAACAAAAGCCGGAUUUCAAGCAGGAGAGUAAAAAUGGGUUGUUAGGAAACCCGGCAGCCACCUAUGUUAUGGAUCGACUAAGGCCUUCCUACUGGUUCGCAGCCCAUCUUCAUUGCAAAUUUGCAGCCAUCAAGGAAUACGAGCCUCCGGAGCAGGAGACUUACAUCGACAUCGAGGGUGUCCCUGGCCCUAUAGACUAUCUCCAGCCAAUCCCCGCUAUUCCUGAAAUGCGCAAGAAAAAGAAGAGGAUUCAUAAGUAUAUAGAUGGUGGUAUUCUGCCUGAAGCUUUUAUAUCAGAUGAGGAGUCGGAUCUGACUGCCAAUCCUGACGAGAUUGAUCUAGAUGUGGAUGACGAGUCUCUGUUGAAAGCCUCCCAGCCAGUCCCGAAAAAAGCUGCAACCGCCAAUCCGGACGAGAUUGAUCUAGAUCAAGAUGACGAAGCUCCGUCAUCAGCUAAUCAGCCCACCGGAACGGCCCCCCCACCACCGGCAGCUUCCAGCGCGAGCGGAACAGUUUCUGACGAACUUCGUGCACAGCUUCCUGCCUCGUUUGCCGCGCUCACUAGACAAAAGCUGGCCCCUCUGCCGCCGCCCACUUACCCCAUACCCGGCCAACCCGUGCCCCCCACCAUCACGAACACCACAACCCGCUUCCUCGCCUUGGACAAAUGCCUCCCGGGGCGCAAAUACCUCCAAGUAGGCUCCAUAGCCCCCAUCGACGGCUCAAAGAUAAAGCACACUAUCCGCACCACCCUACCCGGGCGGGGGCGUUUCCAACUGUCCUACGACCCGGAAUGGCUCGCCAUCACGCGCGUCUUCGCGCCGAGCAUCAUCAUCGGCGACCGCACCGCCGAGACGCCCGUGAACCUCGGCGAAGAAUUCUACCGCGAGAAGAUCGCCAAGGAGCGCGCCUGGGUGCAGAAGCACGUCGUCGAGCAGGACAAACUCAAGAUCCCCGAGAACUUCGCCAUCACCGCGCCCCCGCACCGCCCCGGCAUCGACCCCAAGACCUGCGCCACCCAGCCCGAGGAGUACACGAACCCGCAGACCCAGGAGUUCUGCAAGCUCCUCGACAUCCCGAACCCGUGGGACGCGACCAAGGAGGAGAGGGAGGAGCGGAAACGAAUAGGUCCGCCGCCGCCGGAGCCGAGGAUGGAUAUAAAACUACCUUCUAGGGAAUGGGAUGGCAGUAACACCAAGGGGUGGAAGGGCAGUUACGAUUAUAAGAAUGGCAGGAGGGGGGGCAAAGGCAAAAGCAAGGGAAGAGUUUGAUUAGGCACUUGGCCUAUCUAUCUAUCUAUCUAUCUACCUGCCUGCCUAGGGUAGUCAUACAUUCUCAACUCCCGAGUCGUAGGAAGGUGUUUCGAUGUUAUAUGUACGUUUUACAAUGGAUACAGGCAGUAGGCACCCAGUGAAACCCAUUUUAAAUCAAUUUUAAAUCACACGGAGAAUCACGAGUAAAAUUGGAGCACGUUUUUUCACGACAAAAUAUAUUAAUUAUACUGUGGGCAUAACCCACUGGUUACUGACAUAUUAAUUUCGAUGUGCAUAGGUAUGUAUCCCCUCCUAAAAAGCAUGAUCUUCAUAGAGAAACUCAAGGCACGCAGAGUGAGGGGGACUAUAAAAUCAAUCUUCCAUCUGAUAUAGACGUUUAACC